AGGAGAGGCAGUGAAUUUGUACAGAGAAGUUCCUGGAGUGAGGAGUGCUGUAUGUAGAAGAAGUUGAACAUGCUUUAAGGGCAUCCUGUCACACACACACACACACACAGAGCAGAAGCCUGAGGAAGGAGGAACUUUACUAACUAGUUUACUAAUCUCACUUGGUCACUUUGUAUAAAACUACAAAUCAUGAGAGCGUAUUUCUCCACCAGUUGGAUAUUUCGAGGCUGGAUCUACUGCCUGAUCUUUGCCUUAUGCAUCCAGAGAAAACAUGCCAAACCAACAUGCACCCAAAUGCAGUACCUCUGGAAAGGCAAGAUAUGCUGUAGCAAGUGCAAACCAGGAACGUAUAUGUCUGCGAUGUGCACUGAGAAAGAUGACACCAGAUGUCGGCCAUGCGGGAAGGAUGAGUACCAGUCAGAAUAUAACAUCGACUUGGCGUGCCAUCCACAGAAGUUCUGUGACGAGGGGAAAGGAUUUUAUCGUCCCAGUCCCAGUAGCACCACUGAGCUUGAAUCAUGUCGGUGUAAAGAGGGCUUCCAGUGUACCACCACCUAUUGCGAGUUCUGUGAUAAAAUCAAACCCUGUCCUCCAGGCCAAGGACUCGCAGGGGAGCCUGGCAAACAGUCAUGCAAGGACUGCGACUACGGAUUUUUCUCUGAUUCCAACUCAGUAGAAGCGUGCAAGAAAUGGACAGACUGUAAAGCCAUUGGCAAGACCGAGGAAAAGCCAGGCAGCACUGAAGCAGAUGUGGUGUGUGGACCACCCUUCGAUCGUUCAACAUCGUGGGCCGUUGUGGCAAUACCCUGUGCCAUAAUCGUCAUAUUUGCUGUGAUUCUUUCCUGCUACAAGGAUAAACUAAACAUCCUCUCAGUCAAUUUACGAACCUGCGUCCAGAACAUUAAACAGAGCAGAAUCCAACAAGAGACGCUAACACCACCGUACCAUAGCAACCGCCCCCUGUACGAGAUCACAUCUCAGGAAGAUGAUGGUACUCCAGAAUACCUGAGCAUGUGCUCCAAAGCCAAUUGUGAUUCCCCUGGCCUAGACAAGGCUCAAGGAAACAAGAAGACCACACAUUCCUCCAAGCUGGAACGGGACCAGGCUGAUGGAUCAUCAGGCAGCUCCACUGAGGGCUCUGAGGGUCCAGGUUCUCCACUUCCUGGCAGCUCCUGCAGCUGCUUGAUCAUGAAGGAGCCAAUGGAGGUGGGCGAGAACGAGGACUGCAGUGAGCUGGUAGCUACGGGCCUGGCUGGCUGCUGUUCCUGUGCUCAGGGGGAGAAUAUGGUUGCCAAACCAAGAAAAGAUGGCGAUGUGAGCCUGAAAGAGCCUCCUCUGUGUGGGAACUGCUACACUGAGAGCCUUCCGGGAUGCCUGCAAGGCUCUCAGGAGCUCUAUCUGGACUACAGCAGUGCAGCCAGCAAGGAGGUCAUGUCAGAGGUCAGGGAUUUACACAGUGACACAAGCGCAUAUGAGAGAAAUGAACCGCAAUGCUGCAGCAUCGAAUCCACUGCCAUACUAUCAUCGCUUAGCACAAGCAACAACCAGGGGCUCUCACUUAUCUCCAACGCAGAUAACAACCAGCCCAAAGCUGACGCGGAUUUGGAAAUCCAGAGCCAGAGCUCCGAGACUGCUCUCACCUGUGCUCAGGUGACCGGAAACAACAACACCACAUUCAUCUCCACCGGCCAGGUGAUGAACUUCACGGGUGAUGUUAUCAUGGUGUACGUCAGCCAAACGUCACUGGGCAGCAGCGGAGAUGAAGAGCCCUACGCCAGUCCAGUUCAGGAGCAAUCGGCUGAAUGUGGCAUUCAGAACGUGCCCAAAUCCUACCAUCGCACAGAAGUGCAUGAGAGACAUAUACCUGUGCAGGAAAUGACAAACCAGCACCCUCAGCUAAACUUCUCUGUCUGAACUGGAGCUUGAUUUUCCUGUUUUCUUUCUUUCCUAGCAUCCAGAGUGCUGUUUCAUAAAAAUGCUGUGCAUUUGUUAAAUAUGAAAUAUGUAUAUACAGUAUGUUUUGUGUUGUUUUGCAAUCAGCAUCUAUAUGCUAUAAUGCUAAAGAUAUACAAUGAUAUGAUGAUUUGACUGUUAAUUCUGCAAUGGCCCAGUCUGUAAUUCGCAGAAACAUGUCUAUAUUGUUAGGCCAAAUAAACAGUGUGGAUAAAUGAGACAAGGAGCCAAACUGCUGAAUGACACCUGCCAAACAAAAUCAUCAUAGGUCCGGAGAAAGCAGGACAUUCAGCAAGGGGAACAAAAGUGUGCCUGUCCCCCCUGUCCCUUCUUUCUUAGCCAUUUUAAAGGCAAGCUAGUGCACAUCAUCUCCUUGAGAGAUUGCUUCAUGGACCAAAAUGAAUGACUCUGUGAAUGUGGAGAACAAUGCAGGACGGUUUGCUUUUUGCAGUGUUUCUUAAAAAUGUAUUUUAUAUUAUAUACUUUUUGAUCAGGGAAUUUAUGAUUUUCAGAUAUUCAGACUUGUUCAUUUGUUGUUUAUGGUGGCAUUUUUAGCCACAAACCUGACCAUUCAGUUUCACUGAAAUAAAAAGGAGUGUAGCCAUGGA